AUGAGCAAGUCAUCAGUGACUGUGGCGGCGGUGGGGCCAAGAGCACAACCAGGUUUCACGGUGGCGCAGUGGCAUGAGCUAGAGCAUCAAGCUCUUAUCUUUAAGUAUUUAAAAGCUGGAUUACCUGUCCCUCCUUACCUUCUCCUUCCUAUUCGCAAGAGUUUCCAGCUCCUUUCCCCUGGUUUCUUGCACCAAUCGAAUUUAAGCUAUUGUUCCUAUUUUGGGAAGAAGAUUGACUCGGAGCCAGGAAGGUGCCGGAGGACAGAUGGCAAGAAGUGGAGGUGCUCCAAAGAUGCUCAUCCGGACUCCAAGUAUUGUGAGCGGCAUAUGAAUAGAAGCCGUAACCGUUCAAGAAAGCCUGUGGAAUCACAAACUACUUCUCAGUCCAUGUCGACUGUGGCAUCAGAAAUUGCAACUGGGAGCAGCAGCAGUGGCAGCAGAGCAUACCCGGCUAUGCCUUUACCCACCGUUGGUAAUUCCGGGGCCUUAAGCUUUGGAAGCAAUAUGUCACGUUGGCAGAUGGAGUCUAUGCCUUAUGGUGUCAAUAGUAAAGACUACAGGUCUCUCCAUGGACUGAAGCCCGAAGUAGAUGAGAAAACUUUCUUACCAGAAGCUUUGGGAGAUGCAAGGAGCCUUGGGAUGAACUCUACUGUGGACAGCACUUGGCGUCUCACAUCCGAAGUCCCUGCAAACCCUGUUCCAGAAUCAAGAAAUGGUGCUUUUUUGCAAAACUACCCACAACUGCAGACACUGCAGGAUUUUGAGCCUCUAACUGUUGAUGCUGCAACCUCAAAACAACAACAGCAACAUUAUUUAUUUGGAAGGGAGUUCAGUUCAUCAGGAUCUACAAGGCAGGAAAAUCAGUCUCUUCAGCCUCUCUUUGAUGAGUGGCCAAAAUGCAGGGAUAUAGAUUCCUAUCUCAUUGAUCAAAGAUCCAACAAGAACUCGUCUACUGUUCAGCUAUCAAUGGCCAUUCCAAUGGCUCCAGACUCAGCUGGGAGGAGUUAUCAUUCCCCAAAUGGUAAGAGUGUUCAAAUCUGGAACAUGCUUUUCCACAAUCUCCCAACCUAG